AGGAGAACGUCGCGAGCAGCGGGAAAAGUUUCGCUGCUGUAAAAGUUUCUUGGGGACUCACUCGGUUUAAACGGCUCGACGGAGGAACCGGCUUCGCCAGCGCGCGCGCUGCUGUGUUGCGGGCACCUCGCCUCGCGCCACUCGCACUUAGCGCACGCGGAAACCACGCCGCCGAGUUACGGUGCUCAGGGUUUGGCCCCGCCCCCUUCCCCGUGCAUUUCUCAGAGCUGCGUUAGAGCCGGAGGACAGUAACGGACCGAGAGCAGCGCGAGGACUCCGCGGACCUUCAGCACUGCUUGCAGCUUGUCAUGUCAGCUCUACGAAGCUUCUGAUGGAUUCUGUCGAGGCCAGUGACCCACAGUGGAGCGAGAAUGAGAAGAUGCGUCGGUCAGCGCAAGCUGAGAAGGACUUUGCUGGUGUUCUUCAUGUCAGCACUAGUAUGUUUAGUCAUUGGAUAUGCGAGUUUUAGGGAGAGUGACUACCUGAAUGGAGCUACGGAGCCAAGCCUUCAGACGAACAGCAGGCGGCUCACUGAGCAGCAUGGCAUCAACUGCUCAGACAUUUACGAGUUGGACCCGGUGGCGGUGGGUAAAUCCUUGGCCCUCAGAAGACAAACCGUACAUGCGUUGGACGAUGAGGACAUUGCAAAUGCCACCAUGGACUGCACACGCUAUCUGGAAUCCAGGAGUUAUGGUAGCAUUCGGACGUCUGAACUAGAACGUGACUUUCCUCUUGCCUAUUCUUUGGUGGUCCACAAAGAUGCGGCCAUGGUGGAGCGAAUCCUGCGGGCAAUCUACGUUCCCCAUAAUACCUACUGCAUCCAUUAUGACCUGAAGUCUUCGCCGCAGUUUGCGGCGGCCAUGCAGGGGCUGGCCCGCUGCCUGCCCAAUGUCUUCAUCGCAUCAAAGCUGGAGAGGGUGCAGUACGCCAGCAUCACGCGCCUCCGCGCUGACCUCAACUGCCUCUCCGACCUCAUGGUGUCGGACAUCAUGUGGAGGUACGCCAUCAACCUGUGCGGCCAGGACUUCCCACUGCGCUCCAAUGUGCAGCUGGUGGAGGAACUGAAGGCUCUGAAAGGUGGCAGCAUGCUGGAGACGGUGCGUCCUAGUGAGCUAAAGAGGAAGCGAUUCAGUUACAGCUACACCCUGAAGGACGCCCAGUCGCAGUUCCACCAUCUCCCUGUCAAAACGGACCAGGUCAAGAACCCAGCACCCCAUGGCAUUGAGAUGUUUGUGGGCAGUGCCUACUUUGUUCUGUCCCGGGAGUUUGUCAGCUUUGUUCAGUGGAGCCCCCUGGUGAAAGACUUCUUGUCCUGGUCGGAGGACACCUACUCACCGGAUGAGCAUUUCUGGGCCUCUCUGAUGCGUGUGCCAGGUGCUCCGGGAGGGUUGAAAAGUUCUGACCCGGAUGUGUCGGACCUGGUGAGCAGAACCCGCCUGGUAAAGUGGCAGUACCUGGAGGAGACACUUUACCCACUGUGCACUGGCAUACAUGUACGCAGCGUGUGCAUUUAUGGUGCAGCUGAGCUCCGGUGGCUCCUCUUUGACGGCCACUGGUUUGCCAAUAAGGUGGACCCUAGGGUGGACCCAGUGCUCGUGGAAUGUCUGGAGGAGAAGCUGGCCGAGCGACAGGGCAUAAUGUCUACAGUGCACUGACAGCUGCCGUGGUUUCACUUGGCCUGACUAACAUCCUGUUUGUGAAUGAUGAGGGAUUUCUCACUGUUGUGUGUUGAUGGCUGGAGAGUCGUUUUAAGACAGGGAUUUGCUGAAGACUUGAAAAAGUUAGCAGUCUACCUUAGAAUUUUCAAUUGAUUGUCUAAUAGUAAGUUAACAUAUCAAUACAUUUGGUUUGCAAUCUGUUCACUUAUAAAUUUUACUCAACAAAGAGCCUUACCUUUUUAAGACGACAUGCUGUUUUACAGUGUAUGCUUUAAUUAUUUAAAUCAAAGAUUUUUUGGUUUAAAAUGAGAA